AUGGAUAACGACUUCUUCAUUCCGCCCCCGACGUAUCCAACGUGCAUGCCGCCUGCGCACACGCCGCCUCCGCCAGCUUCGCCUCCACCACACGUGAUGAAGGCUGUACCCGAAGAGCGCGAUGGCGAAGCGGGCAGCGGCGGAGCUGACAAACACUCUCGAGGCCGGCGCAAGAGUACUAGGAACGAACUUCACCCUGGACACUGCGACUGUUGUGGAUCUUCUGCAGACAGUCAAAAAUCUGACGAGCUCGGCACAGACGCAGGCCCCGGUAGCAAGGGCAGGAGUCGGUCGCGGUCCGCGGAGCCGCUCCCCCAGUGGAGUGACUACUGGGAGGCUCAGGAAGACAUCCACCCGACAUCAAAUCCGAAAGAUUCCUUCCGCGUUUAUCGCUCGGGGUCCUCAGGCCCCGUGUGUUUUUUCCUGCACGGAGGCGGUCACACGGCGCUCAGCUGGUCUCUCGUCGCCAAGGCGCUGGGAGCCAACGUCCGCUGCAUCGCCUAUGACGCAAGAGGCCACGGCGAGACGCACUGCGAGGACGACACGGACUUCAGCGCGGAGCGUCUGGUCGGCGACGGGCUGGCGAUUGUCGAUUACUAUUGCAAGAAAAUCUACGAGGAAAUCCACAAGAAGAAGUUCGAGCCCGCGGAGCCCGACGACGCGCCCGAGCAACCGGCGGGCACGCCGUUCAUCCCUCUCGCGCCGCUUCCAGGCAUGAAGCGCAGCGACGACCCCUGCAUCAUCAUCAUUGGACACAGCAUGGGGGGCGCGAUCGCGACACGCAUUGCAGCUUCGGGGAAGCUUCCGGCGCUCCACGGUCUCGUCGUUGUUGAUGUCGUUGAAGGAACUGCGCUCGCCGCACUGCCGCACAUGGCGUCGUUUGUGAACAAGCUGCCCACUGUCUUCACGUCGCCGCGGGAAGCCGUGAGCUGGGCGGUUCGCUCUGGGCGCCUGAAGAACGAAGAGAGUGCGCGGAUUUCGCUGCCCUCGCAGCUGAUUCGCACGCGGCGCCGCGACGUCAGGAACAUCCUCAAGAAGGAAAUCUCGCCUGGGCACGAAGACGACGUGGUCUGGACGUGGAGAACCGAUCUGAGUAAAACGCAGCCCUACUGGGAAGGCUGGUUCGCGGGCAUGUCGUCUCUCUUUCUCCAGGCGCGAUGCACCAAAGUGCUCAUCUGCGCCGGCAAUGACCGCCUUGACCGCGAACUCAUGAUUGCUCACAUGCAAGGCAAAUUCCAGGUUCAGCUCGUUCCCUACUCAGGCCACGUCGUCGAGGAAGACCAACCUCAGGAGGUGACGCAUGUUUUGCAGAAUUUUAUUUCUCGGUACCGUUUAGAUCAGCCCUCUGUCCAGCCGUGGCGUCUGCACGCGGCUGCGCCGAAGGAUACAAACUGA